UAGUUUUACCGUGAUUUCCCUUGAAAUGAAAAAAAAAUAUAUGAAGAAAAUCAAUACACGUCGGAUGGAACUAGGAUCGAUAUAGUUCGUAACUAUUUUGUUCACGGUUUGAUGAGUAACACACACUAAAGAGAAACCCGUGUGGUGAUGAUUCCGAAUUGACGUAAAGCUAAGUUUUGGUUGUUCAGUCUUUGAUUAACUAACUGUUGAAAGAUCAAGUUUAAACCCGAGAAAAUUAAGUGAUUUAUAAUGCUUUACUAUCAUUGAAAUGUGUGGGUGGCAGAACCAGGUAUCUCCAUAAACUGAAGAGUGACACAUGGAAGUGAAUCCAAAGCAUGCACUCGACGAUGUGUAAACAUUAAGGUACGUACAAUGUUUUCUCACGAUGCUUUAUCCAAGUGUAGUUGAUGAUAUCAUCCCCUCUAAACUAGACUUUCAAAUAUUGAUUUGAAAUAACGAGUACAUGAUGAAUAAAUGAAUUCUUAUCUGUUGUUGAUUACAUAUCUCAUUUUAUUCAAUCGGUCAAGACUUUAUAGAAUCAGACAGUUCAAUUUAAUGCUGACCAUGAAGACUGAUAUCAGUGUGAAGAGAUCGACGUAAACGAGGGGGGGGGGGUGUAAUACCAAGAAGAAACUACAGUUGGAUUGCCAUGGAAACUCUAAUUUUGAAUUGCGACUUCUCUAAUGUAAAAGAUGAAACAACUAAUGAAUUUCGGAGUGAGAGGACAAGAUACAAAGAACAGUUAUCUUCCCUGGAUUAUGUUGGGAUUCUGAGCAUCGUCAAGGCAUUUCAGAACAAAGUAUGUGUCAGGGGAUUCCCCGGAGUUCGAUCUCCUGGUUCUGAAUAUGCUAACUUAAUACUGACUACUAUCCUACAGACAAUAAGAUGGAAAGUUGAUGAAAAUAUUUUUCCAUCCAACAAGGUAGAAGAGAGACUGUUGGAUUUAUAUGUAGAGUUGUUAAAAGCAGGGCCAGGUAGUGGCCAUUGUGAGUUACUCCAACUCAUUACGAAACAUGUUGAGUUCCAGGAUUUGUAUGGAGACAGUUUACAGAACGUAACUGGUGGAUUUAAGGCAAUCUCCUAUGUAGAGGAGGGAAACGAUUCUAUAUACAUUGACACGGUUAAAAGGGUGUAUCCGGAUCAACUCUCUACCUUGGUUAUCAGGAGUGAUAAGGAGGAUAGAUUGAGGUCACCUGAGGUUCAUCGCGCCUUUAUGGACCUGUUCGUGUUUUACCUGGUCCAGUUACCUCAUGUGCCGGAUACUUUACAGACAGUCUUGAUCAGGGCCCAAGACAAAAUUUACCAGGCUUAUCAUAUGCAGCCAUUCUUUGGAAUACAAGAUGCUGGUUUCUAUCGCUCGCAGCUUUUACGAGUUGCUGAUUUUAUCAAGGAUCACAAAUUCCCUCAACAUAGACAAAUUUGUGAGACCACAUAUCGAAAGCUUCCAAAUAUUCUGCAAAUAAAGGAUGGAAAGAUGAUUGCUGAAGUCUACGCAGAUAUUUGUCAGCUUCUGAAGGAGAUUAGUUUGAAGCGUCUGACAGGCAAGGAUACAGAUCUACUGAAGAAACUCGACUGUUUUUAUAAGGAAAUCCCAAUAGAGUGUUUUAAGAAUCCUCAAAUUUUUGAAACGUGGGCUGCUACAUCUCAAGAGAUACUGGAGAAAUCUCCACAUGAAAAGAUAACAGGGAACGAGCUGGCAUAUACCACCGAUAGAUUCACCGAUAAUCUAAAGCCAAAUGCCAAUUUAGGAAAGAUUUGGUUGUCCGUCAUCGGAGGAUUUUGUGGUUGGGUUCAUGAAAAACUCAUGAGAGCAGCAGAAAGAACUCUAAGCACAAAUCAGUGGAAAAGUUGCUGGAAAUGGAAAGAAAAUAUAUCUAUAGCAAAAGCAAUGAUUAAAGCCCUUACGAAUGCAGAUCAUUCCUCUGUUGAAAAUGCAGAAGAUUACUCCUCCAAUGCGGAGUCGUUCCUGGAAAAACUCUUGGAUCAGUUAAUACUUAUGAAAGUGUUUAAUGAUGUCGAGGUGGAAGUAGCGGAGCUAGCCAUGGUUACCAUGGAAGCAUUUGGAAAGGGGAUAGCCGUGGAUAGACUAUGCAGAACAGCUAGUGAAAAGAUGUCACUAACGAAUAACAAGCACCUGAUAAAGGGUUACCUAGAAAGGUUUCUGUGUCUCCUGAAGAAUGAAGACUUUGACUGGGAUGGUGGUUGGAUAACAACAGCAGGGGUCGAUUUCUUCAAUAAUCUCAUCAAGUCAUCCGGUGGUGAUGAGGUGCGUGACUUGGAAAUGGACGAAGCGUUCAUACAGGUGUUCCUGUUCUGUCUGUCUGAGGACAGAGAAUACAUCAGUCUUCAGAGACAGCAUCUAAACAUCUUUGGAUUGGUAGCAGUGGCUGGACUUCCACAAUACACCAAUUUGCACACCGGGAAGACAACUAUAGGACGGCUGAAGCCUUUGUUUCCCCACAUCCAGCGUUUAAUGGAUGAUGACGACGAAAUGAUAAAGACAGUUAUGAGAACAGUUACAAGGAUCCUUGGGGAAGAGGUGACCCAGUUAAUGGACACUCAAGGCAUGGAAAAUCUCAUUAGUCUGUAUAUCAAAGAGAGGGACCUUGCCACACUUGAUGCUAUAUCUUCUGCGUACCAGGGUCACUCGGAGGCACUAGCUUCCCAUUUUCUGCCUUUGCUUAAAGCUAGUACACAGAAAACUCAAACCAAUGAAAUAGUAAUGCAGACAAUGUUCCUGAAGAAAGUUGCUGAAAAACAACCAGAGUUAUUUACAAAAGAAGCUCUUGAGCUCAUUUUCAAACAUCACUUCAUGGAAAAAAAUGCCAACCCUCAAGUCCUUAUGGUACUGGAUGUUGUAUCCAAAUCACACGCUGAAAACCUGGAACCUUUUGUCGAGAGUCAUCUGAUGAAGACUGAUUUAAUGAUGGAACUUAUGGCUCAUUAUCAGUUCAACAUUUUAAUCCGGAUAGCAGCCAAAUGCAAUGAUAAGCAAAGCUUAGUAUAUUCCUAUUUGAUGAAACGUCUACAUGAAUCAAAUAUUGAGCAAGUUCUAAUUGCAAGUAUACAAGGAUUGCGGGAAAUGCAUUCAGUCUUUGGAACAGAUAUAUUUACUCAAAAAGAUAAGAUGUAUAUAGAGAAGAUCAAGGAGAAAGGGGCUUCUAAAACUGUAACUGACCUGGUGGAAAAUCUAUUGAAUGAGCUGGAGGGUAGGAGCAUAGCAAAAGUAUCUAAAGACGUUGAAGAGCACUCUGGACAAAUUGAAAAGCUAGAGAUUGGAGUAGCGGGGACAAAGGUGGUGCUUAAAAAGGUCCAUAGAGAUGUCAAAGAACAGGGGAAGGAGAUUGAGGGAGUUAAACAGGGACUUGGAGAAGUCAACACACGAGUGGACGAGGUGGAGAUGGAUGUAGCAGAUACCAAGGAAAGGGUGGAGGAAGUGGAUAAAAAGACAAUGAGUAAUGCUCCAAUUUGGUCUCGUGAUGUCACGAAACUACUGAACCCAGAAUCUGAACAUGAUUGGCGGCUUUUGGCCAGUCGCCUUGGUUACAGUCCUGAUGACAUCAGAGGGUGGGCUACCCAAUCAGAUCCCUGCAUGGCUCUCUUGAGUGAAUGGUAUGCAACGCACAGAACGUUUGAGGCAUCAAGAGGAGUGUUGACAAUUUUGCAGGAAAUGAAUAGAUUGGAUGCUGCCAUUAUUGUUGAGAAUGCAAUGAAAGCUGCGGAGGGGGUUGUGACUGAUGAGCCAGUGGAUUACCCAGAACCCCCUGAAAUUUUUCUUAGUUAUCAGUGGGGUCACCAGAACGAGGUCAAGCUGAUCUGUCGUCACCUGGAGAUGGCGGGGUAUAAAUGCUGGAUGGACAUCGGUCAAAUGGGGGGCGGGGAUAAGUUAUUUGAGAAGAUUGAUUCAGGGAUAAGGGCAGCUAAAAUAGUGAUAUCAUGUGUCACAGAAAAAUAUGCUAAAUCGCCCAACUGUAACAGAGAGGUCAAUUUGUCUGUAAACCUUGGUAAGCCAAUGAUUCCUUUGUUGAUGGAAAAGAUGGCUUGGCCUCCUGCAGGUUCCAUGGGGCCAAUUUUCAGCGAAUACCUGUUUAUUCGUUUCUUUCAACGACCAGGAGAGGAAACCAAUGACGACCGAAUCUGGCCAGCUGCCAAGUUUACUGAACUGUUAAUGCAAAUGAAUUGUCUGAAAAUCAUGCCAGAUGAAGAGAAUAUUGCAACAAUGUAUAAGAAUUGGUGGAUGCCUGUUGUUGAGGAGAUCGUCAUUCCAAAAAGAAAUGAGAAAAAGGGAGAGAAUAAAGCAGCUUCAUCUGGCCAGGAAAACAGAGAGUCACAGGUUGUUUCCCCUGACGUGUUUAUAUCAUACCAGUGGGGGAAGCAAAAGGAAAUCAUUGCCUUGUUCCAAAGACUGACCAGUCUGGGCUUCACUUGUUGGUUGGACAUACGUCAGAUGGGAGGAGGAGACUCUCUGUAUGACAAGAUUGACCGAGGGGUCAGAGGUUGCAAGGUCAUGCUGUCGUCAGUGACAACCAAGUAUGCUCUGUCUGCCAACUGUAGGAGAGAGGUCAGCCUGGCUGAUGCUUUAAAGAAACCCAUCAUCCCUUUGUUAAUGGAGAAAAUAGACUGGCCCCCAACUGGACCAAUGAGCAUGGUUCUUACGCAGUUACUUUACGUUAAUUUUUCAAAGGACGAAUCUAUUCAGUUAUCUUGGGAAGGAAAGUAUUUUGAUGAACUAUUGUCGAAAAUUAAGCAACACGUUCCAACUGCUAAAAUUGAAGAAAUCCAAACAAAUAGUAGCAAACAAGAAAAGAACACAAAGGACGAAAAGUCUGUAACAAACGGAAAUGAUCAAAAGCAGAGAAAACAGGAAACUGAAAAGCCCAGUUAUCCAGAGCAGGAGCAACCUCGAGUGAAUGAGAGCUCCACCAAAAAUUCAGCAAAUACUGUACAGAAUGAAGACCAACAAAGUCAAGUUGACAAAAAGAAGUCGUCAACUUGUUCAAUUUUAUAAUGCUUUAAUAUUUAAUAAGAAAUAAUCACUCAAACAGGAUAACAAAUUAUAUUCAAAUAUUUUUUUACCAUAUAUCGCUAAUUUAAAAUCAUGCAAAUAGGGUAAGGGCCAUGUUAUGGCUGAACUUAGUGAGUGUUGCAUGUUAUGUUGAAUCUAGACAAGGGACACAUUAGAAAUGUUUAAAAUACAAAAUGUUUUCUUGUAUUUGAAUUACCACAUGUGAUAAAAAUUAUUUCAACCGUUACUUUGUUAUCUUGAAAAUAGUGCGAGCUUUAUAUGUAAAGAAUUCUAAAGAUUAUCUGAAAUUUACCAAAAAUUGGCACUAAAAAUAAUUGCCCCAAUGAUAAAUGAAAAGAUAGAAAUUAUAUUUAUAAAAUAGUAAAGUAAUUUUGUCUAAAGUAUCAAAUUGGUCUAGUAGUCAACAGUUAAUUUUUUUUCUUUCAUGCAUUCUCUUUAAAUUGAUUUACAUUAAUUUUAGUAAAACAAAAUGCCUAUUAAGUGGUAUAUCACAUUUGUGGUGUCAGAUAAAAGAAGUUCCUUCUCAAAUGCACUAAAAUCAAAUCAGUUUAACGAGAAACGUAAACUAUCAUUUGUAUGCCUUGUUUUGAAACAUUUUAAGAAGCGUUCUAUUGUAAAAAGACAAUCUACUUAUUAACGAGCAAUGUAUACUUUAAUUAUUAUGUUUUGUCUUAAACAUUUUUAAAAAACAUUCAUCGUGGCUUUUUCCAAAAAAAUUAUCAUAUCUUUUUUUUUCACAAAAGCUAGAAAUAUCUAGAAGGAGAAACACAUGUUCAUACGUCGAUUAUUUGGAUAAACUUUUUUCACAAAUAUAUCGAAAAGCAGUGGAACAAUGAAUGUCUACAAAUCCAUAGUGUUUAUUAGGAUCUAGCCCUCACGCUGUUUAAACGGAACCUGUUGAAAUGUACGACAUUCAAACACUUUUUAUCUUCAUUUUAUUCUUUUUUUUCAUCAGGCUCAUAAGUAUUUAUUUUAGCAGUCUAGCUCAGCAAGUGUGCGACUAUUUUUUGAUCUGUGAUGUAUUUUUUAUUUUUCAUGCCUUUUGUUUAAAAACCCCAUUCCCCUUUGAAACAAAUCUUCCUUUAAUCAUAACAAUUUUUUUUAUCAAUUCCCAACGCCCUACAAUGAGCCGUGUAGUUUUCAUUAUAUCAAUGGAGAAUAUAUGUUCAUUAAUUCAACAUUUUACAAAGAACUGAAUAAAUUCAAAAAUAUACGGGUCGUAUGAAAAUAAGAGCAAUGCCUUGCGUAAAGUCAGGCGCAAGAAGUUCGAUGCAAUGUUUUUGGGGGGUUUUUUACAUCAAAUUUAAUAUACUUUCUUAUUGACAUACGAGUUGCUUUCAUUAUUUUUAGGAAAAGGACUAGAAGGAUUCCGAGGCAUGCAUCGGAUUUUAAGGAAUUUUAAAUCCAUGUAUAUAUUUCCAUACAUAAGAAUGAAAAUAAACUAUGAACUAUCACAAGUUUAAAACUCAUAGUUAAUGCAUUACAUUUGCAUCUAAAAAGUGAUACAUGUAUGAUAUUGAAAAACAUUGUUUUUGCCUGGUGUGUUAAAUGAUGUAAAUAUGAAUAUUUCUAAAAAUAUUGAAUGCAAUACUACAUACUCAUUGUCUAUGCUUUACAAAAUAAAUCAUCUUUUCAUUCGU